AUGAAUGGAAGUAGUGCCAAGAGGAAGGGAGGAGCUUACUGGGCGUCAAGUAAUGUAGACGAAGAAGAAAAGCAACCAGGUUUGAGAGAUAAGAAAUAUGAAGGAUAUUCUAAUCUCAAGGGAAGUCAUGAGCAAGCCCAGAAAAAAACUUAGAGACUGCAAGAGAAUCAACUAGCUAAAAACCUUGAAGAGGAAUACAUUCUGAAUAUGCAAAAGCAAGUUGUGUUGAUGGAACAUGAAAUUAAGUUGCUUAAGGAUAGAGAAGUAGAUUAGAAGAAUAAAGCUAGUGGCUAUGAAACACUACUUAGAGAUGGAAUCCCCCUCAAUGAGCACUUCUUAGCUCUUAAAAAUAAGUUCAACAAUGAAAAAGAUGACCUUGAAAAAUACUCUAAAAAUCUAGAAGAUGAAAUUAAAAGAGAGGAAAUGAAUAAUAAAAAUAAGAGGCAUAAGAUUGAGAUACUCAAAAGAGAACAUGAAGAGAUAUCCAGAAGCUUCAAUCUAUACAAGGAGAAGACUACCAAUGACAUCAAGGCUCUUGAAACAAAAUUGUAUAAUGAGAGACAUACUAAAGUAAUUUUAGAUAAGGAGAGAUAAAUCCUGGCAAAGAAAUUGGCGGAAGUCAAAAACAGUAACUAAUAAAUGAAUAGAGAGAUCCAAAGAAAUAAAAUGUUUAACAAAAAAGAUGAGGAUAGAAAGGCAAAGAAGGAGCAGGCUGACAAAUUUAGUAUUAUUGUCAGAGAUUAAAACAAAGACAUUGAGGAGCAUGACAUUAAAUUAGAUUAGGAAAAAAGAAGAUUAGAUGAUAGAGGGCUAAUUAAGAAGCAAAUGGAGGUAACCAUGCAACUAAAGCAGGAUGCCAAUAAAGUAGGAAUAGAUAUUUCAAUUGCUUAAAGCAGAAUCAAGGACCUAGAGGGGUUAAAGGAGAUGACUUAUCUCUAGCUAAAGGACAUUAUUUCUGAUAAAAGAGUAGUUGAUAAGGAUAAUGAAGACACAGAGUAGAAAAUCGCUGGGAAAGGCAUGACUGAAUAAGAACAGAGAGCCAAAUAAUUAGAUGCCGAAAGAGAACAGCUUAAGAAAAUUUCAAACUCCUUGAAGUUCUAAAAAGAAAUCGCUACUAAUCUCAUGGAGAGACUCAAAGAGGAAGAGACUAAGGCUAAGGAUAUGCUCGACGAGAAGAUCAAGCAGCAAUAGUAACUAAACUAAGAUACAGUUGAUUUGAAUGAAAUGAGGUUAUAGUCAGCUAAAAACAGAGAGGAGUUAAUCAAACUUCAAAUUAGGUUAUCACAAUUAUUAGCUUCUGAGGAAAGAAUGAUUGAGGAACUAAAAAGACUUAGAGCUGAAAAUGAUGCAUUUAUUAAGGACAAUAUAAAGUUAGAGGAAGGAAACGCUAAAUUACACAAGGAGAUUAACUUAACUAUCCAGAAGAUUGAUAUAAAUGUACUUCUCAAGGAAAUCGAUAUCGAAGACAUGAGGUUACUUGCUCAAAAUAACAAACAAAUGAAUUCAGCCCUUAAUAACUUAAUUGGAAAAUGGGAGGAUUAACACAAUUAGAUUGAUGUUUUUGAAUUUCUGAGCUUACAGAAGAACGCCAUCUCUCUUGAGAUAGCAGAGACUAUGAGAAACAAGAUUCUUAAAAGAUUUGAAGCUCAAGUUAAAAUUCAUGAUUUGCUUAUUUCAGGCUCAGCACCUUAUUCUAUAAACCAAUACAUAGCCCAACUCAACUCUGCUAUCUUGGAAGAAGCAGUAGCCUAGGAUAAGGGUGAAAGAAUAAGACACCCAUCUGAAAAAAUCUAGCAUGAAUGGGAUGAUGGCGAAGAAGUUAUAGCUGCCUCGAUUGAUACACAUGCUGCAUAUUUCCUUAAUGUUAUUAAGAAAGAUUCUCCUAUGAAGAACAUACCUGCUGAACUAUCAUAGAUUGAAAAAAUAAAUCAGAUGAAAUUAAAGUCAAUAGUGAACUUUGAUGAUGAGGACAUGCUUUCACAUACUAGCAAAGAGAAAGCAGAGCCUGAAUAUAAGUAAAUUCCUUUAAUUAGAGAAAACAUCGAUGAUGAGUUUACUGAGAUUGAGGUUUACAGAAAAUAAAAGCAGAGAGACUACGACAGAAAAGAAGAAGAGCGCAAGAAAUAAGAAUAAUUAAAACGAAAAUUAAAUGAUAUUCAAAGAGAACAGAGAAAUCAAGAAGAAGAACUUUCUAAGAAACAAUAUACUUAUGACUCAAAAGGUGAUAUCAUAUUAGUGAAAAAUGUAAAUACUGAGUAGCUUGGAAAGGAUGUUAAUCUUGAGUUAAGAUACAAUUUAAGAAAGCUACCUUCAUCAACCAAAGGUCUCUAUGCUUUUGAAAAAUUAUCUCAAAAAACUUAAAGUGUCAUUUCUAAAAAAAGAGAUUCCAAGAGCAAUUCUUAACCUGAAGACAAUUAAGAAGAUAUUGAUAAACCAUCUAAGAAAAAUAAGAAUCAAGUAGAUUUCUUGCAAACUGGAAAAAAUUUAAAGCUAGCAUUCCAAGGAAUGAAGCAGGUAUAAAAUGUUAUAAUCCCAAUGGGUUCAAACUUUGAUAAAAUAGAACCUGAUAUUGGAGUUGUCCUUGAGGAGAAAGGUAGGGCUAAAAAGGGAUAGAGCGCAACUAAUCAAGUAGCUGGUAAACUUUCAAGGUAGGACUACAAUGCUAGAUUCAGUAAAACUAGCAUAAAUUUCUCUUCAAUGGACAGCACAAUUCUCAAUUAAAAUAUGAUGACAACUUAAAACUCAAUGCUUGGAGCCGAUUUAUACAAGCAAAGAGUUAGUUAGGUGCAAACCUUCAAGAACACUACAGACACUGAGUAAUCACAAAUCAAGUUGCACAAUGUUCCCAAGCUUAAUAUAGACUAGUCCUAAGACUAUAAUAAUACUCUUCAGCUGAGCUAACCAAUUAAUGAUUCUAUGAUUUAUAAUCAUAUGAAUUAAACCUAAUCAUUUCAUUCAAGAGACAAGAUAAACAUUAAAACUAAAGCUCCAAAUCACCAAUCACUCCUUUUAAGUCCCCUAAACUUAAACAACAGAGAUUUUUUCUCAACAUCUCAAAACUUUAACUCUUCCUUGAAUUCUACUAGUCAAAGUUUUCUACCUAAUGCAAAUUUUAACAACUAAAUGAAUAAGACAAAGUCCUAGCUAUUCUUGCAUAAGAAUUUACCAAAGCUGCAUGAAGAGGAACAUGACGAUUCAUUCACUUUACCUCCACUGAGAAGCCAACUUGACGAUUUUAACAAAAAUAUUGCAUAAAAUAAUGGUGUGGCACUUAUGGGAGAGUAAAAUUAGGCCAAAAUGAAGCAGUAAAAAAUGCCUGUGACUUAAAUUAAGAGUAUUCUCAAGCAAAAUAAGCUUAACAAAUAAAUGAGUCACACCCUGACUGGAUUUAAGUUAAGUGAGAGCAAUUAAAGUUUGCUUAUGAGCAUGAAAUCAACUCAGAUAGGCUUCGGGUUAAAUCAGAGAUCAAGACCAUAUAUUGAAAAAGUACCCUCAAACAAUAAAAAUCAUUUGCCUCCUCCACCUCUUGGAAAGUCUUUAGGACAUGGAAUUAAUUGA